GUCAAACAGUUCACAGUCACAGUGAAACGUGAUGAGAGGUAUAACUCGCCAGUAUAAGCUAGACGCUGUAUACACAGUAAAGUUGUCAGGCUGCUGAGGGACUGGCGAGACCCCCUUGAGUUUGAAAUAUUAGUCAGCCACAACAACACAGGCACUCACAACGUGUUCAGCUGGACGUGCGUUGUGCACACAUGGGAUACUUGCUGUCAACAAAUUACUCAUGCACAGUUAGGGCUGUAUUUUAUUGUCGUAAAAUGAAACAUGGAUAUUGUAUGGGAGUGUGUCGGUAGAGGCUUGCCACAGGCAGUUGUAUUUAUAAUCCAGGUUUGGGGCUUCACGUGGACAAGGAAUGCCCUAUAUUGAGUAUUAACUUAAUAUACCUAUGUGUGCAUAUCCAGCCAACACAAGCAUCUGAAGAUACUCAGUGUGGUGUGAAACAGACCGAUGAACCUACUUGUGCCUCUAGCUUAAGAAUGACGACAGAAAAGACAGCACAAAAUGGACUACCUGUUCCGAAAGUGGAUUACGAACUGGAAACAAAACCGGACAAAACUGGCCUAUCACGGAAACAUCCGAAGUCAAAUGCUGUGGACACAGAGUGUGGUGUUUCGGCAUGUACUCCUCACAGCCUCCAGCGCUGUGCGAAUAUUGUAGCGUUCACAGCAUCGGCGGGCACUGUCUCACUUUUUCUUCAGACUUUGUCUACAUACAUCGCCACUCAACUCACCUCCCUUGAAAAACAGUUUGGUUUAAGCAGUACAGACAGUGGAUUCCUCGUAAGUUGCAAUGACAUCGGCUUUCUUUCGACAGUUUUAUUUUUCAGCCAUUUCGGGAGAAAAGGACACAUACCUCGAAUCUUGGCAGUAGCUGCGAUCAUCUAUGGACUGUCAGGCAUUGCUUGCAGUCUGUCACAAUUCAUUCAACCAAUGUCUCUACCAGUUGGCACCAGUGGCGGUAAUUCUUCGUCAGAAAACGGCGAUGAGUACCUGUGCACACAAGAAGGAAGUAGAACCAGACAGAACGAGACAUGCUCAGUAGACGAGUCACGUGCUUCCGGUUCCGGACAGUGGGUAACAUAUCUCAUCGCAACGAGUCUCAUAGUUCAAGGGAUGUGCAAGGCGCCCAAGACGCCGCUGUCGGCGUUAUAUAUCGAUAACAACGUUAGCGACAAGAAAAAAACAGGCUUGUUUUUAGGUGUGAUAACGACACUGACGCUGUUCGGCCCUGCCUUGUCGUUUGCAAUUGGAGGUGUAUUCAGCAGGGUUCCAGUGGACCUGAAGGACACGUUACUAACGCCAACUGACCCUCGCUGGAUAGGGGCGUGGUGGAUGGGAUUCUUGGUAUUUGGCAGCCUUGCCGUGGUGCUGGCGCUCCCUCUAUUCUGCUACCCCCGGAGACUGAAGACGUCCUGGAAAGAGAAACAAGCUGAGGCGGAUGCUCAAGAAAGCAAAGAAGAAAGUUUCUAUGAAAAGAUUAAAGACCUGCCGGUGUCAGUGCUGCGGGUCGUACGGAACCCAAUCUACACCUGCUCCUUGUGCGGCAUCAUUUUCAUCAACUUCACCGUGGGCGGAUACGUCGCGUUCGGCCCAAAGUACAUGGAGACGGAGUUCGGGAUUCCAUCGUGGCAAGCUAACGUCAUACUAGGCGUACAGGCCGCUGUCUCCCUGGGUCUGGGAACAUUCAUUGGGGGAUUCCUCACGUCCAGGUUCCGCUUGAAUCCAUUGGGGUGCUUGAAGUUUAUCGUGGGGGUGUGCACUGUGGCUGUUGCUCUGGAAUCUUUGAACUUCAUCUUCGGCUGUGACAACACGCAAAUCAGAGGACUGUUGCCAGGCAACACAACGGCUGAUUGUGAUUGUGAAGGAGUCAAGUUUCUACCUGUGUGCGGUGAUGUCUCAGGAGAAACGUAUUUCUCGCCGUGUCACGCGGGAUGUCGCGUCCAAAACGAGACAGCUUAUGUCGACUGUUCUAUGGAGAUGGGGGGAGGCGUGACGCCAGGCCAGUGUGACUCCGGUUGCCCCUUCCUCUACCCGUACGUCAUCACGACGGUAUUCUACGGCUUGGUGGGGACGCUGUCCAUCAUCCCGGCUUAUAUCAUCAUGCUGAGGACUGUAGGAGACGAUGAUAAAGCCAUGGCCAUUGGGAUUCUCAGUUUUUGUAUAUCCCUGCUGGGUUUCCUUCCUGCGCCAAUAGUUUAUGGCAAAGUGAUCGACACGACCUGCACGCUGUGGAACUUCACGUGCGGCACGCGGGGCUCGUGCGCCGUGUAUGAUAUUGUUGAUCUGCGAAUGAAGAUAAUUGGCAUGAACGUUGGGCUGCGUGCUACCUCGGACCUUGUUUUCAUAAUUGCGUUUCUGAUUGCCCGGUUUGUAAUAAAAGAAAAGGAAUAUUCUUCUAGCAAUGAAACAUCCGACACACGACUGUGAGAAAGACGUCCUCUUUGACUGAUUUUAUUUUGGUACGUUGCAUUUGCGUUUUUGGCACUUUCGUUGUUGAGGGAAAUUUUCUGAAUAACAAUUUUUUAAUACUUUGGCAAAGAUCUACGCAAGUAUAGAUAACGUUUGUUAAUAUUUAUUGAAAUAAGUCAAAAGUAUUUUAAUCAUUAAGUGUGUGAAUAUAUUGUUUUGUACAUCUCCAUGUUCAUUUGUUGAUUUAAGUGUGCACUGGCCUCGUUUAAACAACUCAUUUUCAUAUUUGCGUCCUUGGGAGAUCAAGAGAUGUGCCAAAUACAUUUUUAAUUGAAAGUGUAUUUAACUUUGAUAUUUUUGCUAAUAAAAUACAUGAGUACUGUU